CAGGGAGUGUGAAUCCCCUCACCUGCCAACCAGGAUGCUGCAGUGGGAACAGAGUUCAAGAACAACAAACGCCUCGCAACAACACAGGACUGCAGACAUGGACUUCAGCGGCACCUGGAAGGUUUACUCGGAGGAAAACCUGGAGCGGUUCCUGGAAGCCGUAGGUGCUCCUCAGAUGGUGGUGAAGAUGCGCAAGGAAAUGAAGCCUGUGAUCACCAUCGAGCAGAAGGGCAGGGAUUUCACCUUCACCAUGAAGACCCCCUUGUGCACCAAAGUCCACCACUUCAGUCUGGGAAAAGAGACGGACAUUACUACGGUGGACGGGAGGAAAUUCAAAUGUAUCGUGCGAGAAGAGAACGGGAAGCUGAUCGCUGAAGCAGACAAGUUCACCUCAGUCCGUGAGAUCCAAGGAGAGGAGAUGGUGGAGACUGUCACUUCAGGAUCUGUGACUUUCGUCAGCCGAAGCAAGCGAGUCUAGCUCACCCACAGCCGUCGGACCGCUCUGCCAAGGAGGCAGCGCCAUUCAGCUGCUGGUGAAUAAAGG